UCCACCGCACCUGUAAAUCUGAUCCCAGGCCGCGGCCUGCCCCAUGACGCCACAACCGUCGGCGCCGCCCCGCCCCGCCUGACGCGGCGGACCCGAUAUUCCAACCACCACAUUUACAAUAUUCACUAAAAUACAAACCCCCCCCCCCCCCCCACACCUUUCGCGCACGUUAGCCUCCUCUCUUCCUCCCUAAGCGGUGCCGCCACCGCCCGCCGCCCCCUUUUAACCACCCCACAAUUAUGACCCCCAAUUCACCAUUUCCCCCUCCCCCUCCCUCUCUAUCAUUUUCUUCUCAGAUCUGCUCUGUUCUCGACAAUGGCUACGAUUGUGUCGCCGGCGCCGCCGUUGAACGACGAUGAGAUACCGACGGUCACGUUAGCGGUGCCUGCGAUGGCCACGGCGUCGCGGCGGCUUCCGCCGCCGUGCUGGACGGCGGAGGAGACGGCGGCUCUGAUCGACGCGUACAGGGAUAAGUGGUACUCCCUCCGCCGGGGGAAUCUCCGGGCGAACCACUGGCAGGAGGUCGCCGACGCCGUGGCGUCCCGGUGCACCGCCGUCAGCCCCCUGAAGACCUCCGUACAGUGCCGGCACAAGAUGGAGAAACUCCGGAAGCGCUACCGCGGCGAGAUCCAACGCGCCGCCGCGCACGGAGGCGUCCGGCGGUACUCCUCGCCGUGGACGCACUUCCGAAGCAUGCACGCCAUGGAAAAAGGCUCCAAUCAAUCUCCACCUUCCUCCUCCUCCUCCGAACACGAAGAUCCGACCGCCACCGCCACCGCCGCCGCCGCCGUAAAACGGAUCAACAAUCUGUACAAUUACAACCACCAGAGAGGCGUUUUGGAUCCGAAUCGCGGCGGUACGCCUGGAUUUCGAAUUAAAAUCCCCGCGGCGGCGAGGGUAUACCCAAAAUUGGAAGAAGAAAUUGGGCAAAACCAAAACCCUAACCCUAACCCUAAAUUCCCGAAAUCAGAAAUGAGAAAGAGGAAAUUGGUGGGUGCGAUAGAGGCAUUAGGGGAAGGGUUGAUGAGAAUGGAGAAGGUGAAGAUGGAGAUGGUGCAGAAGAUCGAGGAGAUGAGAAUGGAGAACGAGCUGAAGAGAACGGAGAUGAUCCUCGCUGCCCAGCAGAGGAUCGUCGCUGCAUUUGCCGACGCAGCAGCCCUCAAGAUCAAGGAUGAUCUGCCAUAGAUUGAUUAUUACAAUGCUUGCUUAUGUCAAAUAAUGUGUUUGUUUUUCAAUGUAUUUGAUGAGUUUGUGUAUUAAUAUAUUUAUUUUGUUAUUUUUAAA